CUUUGCCAAAGUGGUUAUUUGGAUUUAAACUGGUGUUAUCGUUUGGCUCUCUCUUUGAUUCAGUGCUGAGCAGCUGGUUUAAAAAGGUCUUUAAACUCUUGGUUUGUCUUAUUUAUCCAAAAGCUCGUUUUUUUUUAAUGUACAAUAUGCUGAAGCCUAAAUUUCGUUCCAAGUACAAAUUGAAACUACAUUGUAUCCUCCCUAGAAAUUAAAGGUAAUGAAUUUACCACCAUAUAUAUCUCGAACUCCACCUCCUUUAAAUGAAACAGAGGAUGAUGAAGAUGAAGAGUUUGGAACAUUUGCUGUCUGCAGUGACUUAGGUGAGGAAGUGUGUGAUGCUUUUGAAAAAAACUCACAUGUUAUGAGAGGUGAUGAUAAUGUCAGUGAAGACUCUGGCUUUUGUAUGAACUCAGUUUGUCAAACACAAUCACCUUGUGAUGUCAGUCCCUUAUCUUCUUCUUAUUUUAAGGGUAAUGAAUGCAUGGGCAUUGAAAACCAAGGCAAUAUUGUGGACAGUUCGCCAAAAGAAACAGAAAGUUCUAAAUCUGAAGAUUUAAAAUUAAAUGAUUCUUGCUUUGAUCAUUCUUCAUUUACUCAGGAAUUUGAAACCUUUCAAAAUGAGGAAAUUUAUAUCGAAUCUUCUGAUCCAGUUGAAUCUUCUGAUCCAGUGGUGGAGCCUGAAUUUAGUAAAAAUAAAAUAUCAUUUGAAAAUCAAAUAUCCAAUUCCAAAAGCAAUCUUAAUGGAAUAGAAGAGGUUAAUUUUGUUGAUGAUAAUGCUGUUCAUAUUGUUGCUGAUACAACAGUUAAUGAAGACAUUUUACUAAAUGAUAAUUACAGUCAAGUUACAAAUGACAGUAGUUUCCAAGCAUCUUUAAAAAGCAAUGAAACAGAUUGGUUUCAAAGCUCUUGUGAAGAGGUUAAUGUUGAUGAUACUUGUUCAACAAAUGAACAUUCCAAAUUAACAAAUAAACGCCUUGAACUCCAUGAAGAAGGUACUUCUCAUAUUCAAGGUACUGUAAAUGAUGUACAAUUUCCUGAAUUUCUUACUUCAACUUGUUCUGAUAAGAGUACUAAGUAUUUCCCUAAUGAAAAUGCUUAUGAAGAAAACAUUGAACUUGUAGACCAUUGGGGUUCAGAAGAUGAUGAUUUCUCUGAUUUCACUAGCUUUCAGGUGGUUGAGUCAGUUUCUGAAAUACCUUUUAGCAAAUUUGAGUUUCAAUUUGGAGACAAUGAAACAUUCCCAAAUGAAGCCACAGAACAUUUUUAUGAAACACUUCAAUCAUCCAUAGAAAGGAACAGUCUGUGGAAUAGUUUAAAAUUGUUUGAGGAAACUCAUGCUUUCAAAUAUCAAUGGUCGACUUCUUGUACUCAGAUGAAGUUUUUACAAGCUCUACACAUUGAUUCUAGGAAUAUUCUUUGUGGUCCAUGGAAUAAAAUAAAUAAAGUAAAUUUGGCUGAUACAUCUUGUUCAUUUGAAAUAAAUACCUAUAAUGUUGAUGCCUUUUCAUCCACAAACUCACCUAGAAAUAAGGAGAUGAUACCUGAUGCUCAUUUUGAUUGGAUUACUAGUGGUCUUGUUAAUCCCCUGCAAGGAUCUAGUAACGAAAAAGAAAUUACUCAUAGCUUAGAAGAAAACAAUAUUACUGAAAUUUUGAAAUCAAGAAGCCGGGAUGUUCUUAGCUCUCUUCCAAACCAUAAUUUUUUGAAAUUGACUUAUAUUAGUUUUAAAUAACAUCUAUUCAGUAUUUUAUUUUUGUAUGUGAUUAAUGUUUAUAAUUUUCGUCCUAUUUUUUUUGUACAGAAUUUAAGCAUUUAACUACUUAAUCAAUGUCAAAAAAAAAAAAAAAAAAAAUAAUGAAAAUCAUUUAUAAGUAUUAUUUUAUUAGUAAUUUUAUAGUAAUGAUUUGAAAAUAUAUUAAGUUCAAGUACUUAUGAUGUAAUUUGGUGAUAGCAUUCUUUUGUGAUUCUUAUAUUCUGCAUAAACAUAAAGACAACUAUAGUGUGAUAAUUGUAAUUUAUUCAAAUAAGAUUUGUUGGAUUCAUUGUUCCUUCUAAAAUAUUUUAGAUUAUAACAAUUGGCUGUCAUUUAUAGUUCAACUUCUUAAUGAGCUAUGGUUUCGAUAACUAUAUUAAAUUUUUUUCAAAACAGUUGAUUAAUUGUUAAUUUGUUUGGUUUUAUUAUGAGAUUUAACUGGUAAAAAAAGAAUUUUGAUGUUAAAACAUGUAAUUUUCAGAAAUAUUAAUGUUACAUGUUUUAUUUGUAAAUAACUCCGUUAUAAGUUCUUGUAAAUAUGAAGCUAAUUAAAAUUGCUUGAUAAUUGCACACCAAUUGUUCAUAUUUGUAUUUGUGUUUUCCUACACUGAAUUAGGAUUUAUGUUUGUGUAGGAUUUGUUCCUUUUCUUUAAAACUUAUGUUAAAUUUUAACUAUCGUAAAAUAGAUAAUCAUGAACAACAAGCAAACAAAAAAAUUUCAUCUUUAUUCUGUUUGUGUCGGUUCAUGUUUUAUUAUUAAGCAAAUUUAGCACAUAUUAUAUAUUAAUGCCUAAUUGGUUACAUAUUAACGCAUAUUCUUUUACUAUUAGCUUUUAACUGAGAUAGAAUAACUCAUCUCUUUAUUGAUACAUUUAAUGAUUAGUUAUGUUAAAAAUAAUUUUUAUUUAGCAAACUUUUUAUUGCUUAAAUAUUUCAGUCUAGCCCUACAAUUCAUUGUGGUGCCCUGCCUCCUAAUUUUUCAUUAUAUUAUUUUAAUUGUUAUUUUUCUAAAUUUUUCUUCAUAAAAUAUGAAACAAUUAUUAAUUUAUUUUAAAAUUAUUUUUGAAGUUUCAAUAGUUACUCAUUGAUAUUAUUAGACAGAAAUGUCCAUUAUGCCUUUUGAGAGUGAUCAAGUAGCCUUUUUAUUAUUAUUACUUUUUUUUACUAUCUAAAAUAUCUAGAACAUUUAUUUCAGUUGUUAAAUUAUUGCCUCAUUUAGUUUAGUAUUACAUUAUGAAUUUUAUUUAUCAUGAAGUUAUAAUAAUAUAUGUUUGCCCAUUAUUUCAUAUAUUAUGAAUGUUAAUUUUGUCAUUGUUAAGUUCCAUAGCAAUGAUCUCCAAUACAUAUUGGGUUAAGCAUCAUUAGAAAAGUUAUAUGGUGCAAUAAAAGAAUGAACAAAUUUUUCACCUGAAAAUAUGUUAAAAAUUUGAUACAUGUGAAUGUGAUGAUAAGUAUCAUUCAGUUAUAUAGUUUCAUUAACUGAUUUUACAUGAUGGAACUUAUAUUGCGGUUUCCUUUUCAAUAGUUUGAUCAAAUGCCUAUUAAAUAUUCAACUGUAGUAUUAAUCAAGGAGAUGCUCAGGAUCAAACAAAAAAUAUUUAAAAAAGUGUUAAUUAAAUACUUAUGUUUAGACCUUAAUAACAAGCCUUCUUAUGGACUACAAAGAACAAUAUACAAUCAAAGUGAUAGAAGUUUAUAAAUUGUCAGUAUAAGAGGUAGGAAAUAGCAAUUAAGUAUAAUGGAAAUGAAUAAUUAACAUCCGAUUGGUCAUAACUAGGGCUUAAAAUGAAAAAUUUAUUCUCAUUUUUAAUCGUUUCUAAUAUCUUUAUUUUCAAUCUAAGCCCAAUUGCAUUUAUUUAAUGUAAAUAAUUGUUUGUUUAGAACUUAAAUAAAUAAACUUUUACAAUGAACCCAAAACACUAAAUUUUCACAGAACUUAUUUAAAUUUUAUUUUUUCAAAAUGUUUCAUGGUGUCAUAAUUGAUUUGACCAAAAAUUAAAUUGGUGUCUUUUUGACAGUGUUUCAAGCCCUGAUUAUAUCAGAUAAGAAAUAAACAGCCAAUGUCUGAGAAAUUAGAGGUUAUGUGCAGUCUAUUACAGCAACUUUGAAGUGGAAUAGGAUCUUUUGGGUUUAUUAAGGUAUUAAUUAAAAAGAAUUCUCUUUCUUAAUAUUACUCAUUAGUAUAUGCUAGGGACUAAUCAACAGAGCAAUGUUAAACUCUUUCUACCUUAAUAUACCUUUAUUUUACAUGUUUUGUUUCUUGUUCUUCAUAGCCUUGGAAAAUGAUUGCAAUGUGGGCUGAUAUAUCGGCAUUGGAAUAAUAGAUUUUUUUUACUAUAUUUGUUUCAAUUGCCAUCCUAUUGAUUUCCUUCUUGCAUAAUUAAAAUAUUAAUAAUUGUAAUGAAUGCUUGAUUUUAUUUCAAAAGUGUACGUUUUAAAAACUUUAUUUUAUGAUGAAUAAUAUAUUAUUAAAAAAUGGAUUGAAAAGAUUACAAUAUUUAUUUAAAAUUCUUUCCAAGCUUUCUUAGCAUGUUUUAUACCCUUUGUUUAUAUCAAUAGUCAGGGUGGGAUUUCAUAGAAUAGAAUCAUAAAUAUAUGUAAUGUUACUAAAUCAAAUUGUGUUUGCCCAUGUGAUUGAAAAAUUUAUUUCUGUUUCAAAUCCUUGGUAUUAGUUUAUUUCUCUGUAAGUUCAUUUACUUUACUUUUCUUUGCAGUAAAAAAAUCUUUUAUCUCUGUAGAAAUGAUAAAAUUGUCUUUUAUAUGAAGGAAGACUGAUUAGACAACUAAAUGAAGGAAGAAAAAAAGAAAGAAUUAGGAACGAGUUUAUGUAUGAAUUUUUAGAAUUUUUAUGCGCUUGUAUAACUGCUGUUAAUUAGAAAGUGUAUCUAUAGUAAUAAAAGUGGCUUAAGUUUUACUUUUAUAUCCUAAAAAUGUAAAUCAGCAGCUCUGUUUAAGUAAUUUAACUCUCUUUUAAAUGUUUUUGUGUUGUAAAAUAUUUAUUUCUAUUUGGUAGAAUUUUAAAUAGUAAUUGGAGGAGAUUAUUUUGAUAACAAAACAGAUUAAAAAAAUCACUAAGCUGUUAAUAAAAUAUAUAAAUCUCAUAGAUUUUUUAUUGUAUCAAACCAUUUUAGAUAAAUGACAACUUUUCUUUGAUUUAAAUUAUAUCGGAUGUUGAUCCAUUGUGUUGGUUCUGUAUAUUGAUAUAGACAAUCGUAACAGCGAUGAACAUUAUGAUUAUAUCCUAAUUGAAAAUUGUGAUAGGGCUUUGUUGGACAUGACUAAACAGGCUUAAUUCAUAAUUAUUGAUUAUUUUUUCAAUUUCUUUGGACUUAAGUGUUUGAAUAAUGUUGGUGGGAAAGGCACCUCUCAAAUUUGUCUCAACGGUACCAAUUGGUGAGCUAUUCGAUUGUAUUGUGUGCUAUAGGGUGCCUCGUGUAUAUCCCCUACAAGUCUUGAUUACUUGUGCUCCUAUAAUUUAUAAAUGUCUGUAAAAAAUAUUACAAUACAUGACCAUAGAUCUUCAUGGUUUUUUCACAUACAUAUAAAUAUAGAAUUUUUUUUUUAUCAAAUUACCUGUCCCUCCUGCAGCACUAUUCAAAAUUAAGUACAGCCUUAUAAUAUGUUUCUAGUGUCAAGUAAAAAUUUAAGAAGUUAAGUUUAAAUAAUAGUUUUGCCUUUCCUUAAAUUAACUAUAGCAAGGCUAGUUUUAUAUAAAAAAAAAAUAGUUGACUGUCCUAUUAAAAAAUGGGGGUGAGGAUAAAUUUUCUUUCCUAUUUUUCUAAUGGCUGUCAGUGUACCUAACUGACUUGAGCAUUCAUUAUUUAGGGAAAACCUCAGAUUUGGGUUUUCAUUUCACAAAACUCUUAAAGAAAGUUAUAAUGAUAUGAAAAUGUUGGUCACCAUAAGGGAUUUACCUCAUACAGUUUCUGAAAUAUAGCAUCAGAUUUCAAUUCUGAGACCUCAGCAUGCCCCUCUAUAGAAAGUGAUUAUUAUAUAAAUAAACUAUAAUAGUGAUGUCAAUUCCUAAUAUUUAGCUGUGAAAAUUUAUUAUUUUUUAUGAUGGAUUAAAGUUAGGAUAUAUAUUUUUUUUUAAACCUGUGAGCUGGACAAAUAUUCUUUAUUUUAAAAUGUUCAAUUAAAUGUUAGCAUCAUUCCUUAGUCAUUUUAGGAUCAAAUAUCUGCCUGGAACUGUAUAUAAUUUGGCAAAGGUUGAUUACUGUCAUGAAACAUUUUUUCAUAUGAUUAAUAAAAAUUAUUUAUACCUUGCACAUAUUUGAUUUAGCAGUUUAAUUUCUGAUGAUAAAAAUUUGUCAACAAAAUUUUAGCAUAUGUAAGUCAAUCAGGAAACAUAAGUUUUAUGUUCAGCUUGAGUAAAAUACAGAUCUUCUAAAAAAGAUAUGUGCUUACACUAAAUGGAAAACUUAUUUAAUAUAAGAUUCAAGAAGUCAUGAACUUAAAAUAAUACAAAUUGUCAACCAAAUAAUAAUUCUGACCUACUUGACUAUUAAGAAUUUAAUUUAAUAUCUGUUGAUUGUAACUUUAGAGAAUAUAUUAUUGAAAUUAUGCUGUUAUUACCUACUUAUAUAAUGGAUAACAAGUGAAUUUUUGGUAUCUUUCUUUAAGUUUUAAAUUACUUUAAGUAGUCUUUGAUAAGUUUUAAUACUUUAAUUCAAAUUAAAUUUAAUUUUGUGUCAUUGGGAUAAAAUAUGUGAUGUCCUGUUUCAUUUAUCGAAUACGUUCUAAAGUUCCAAUUUUAACCUGUUUCAAUAUUUUAAAAUUAUUACUUUUACAUGAUGAUAAAUUAAUCUUCGUAUAACAAGUAGAUAAUAAAUAAAUAGAUAUAGCUUUACUGAUUCACAUUUCACAUCACUUCUCUGUGUUUUCUUAUUUAUUUUCGGUACGCUAACUUACAUUCUUUAUUAAUUUGUUUUUAAUUUUAAAAUUUUCAUAUUAAAUCAAAGAACAACUUGAUUUCACAUCUAUUUGUUGUUGGUUGAUAAAUUGUGAUUUCAUCCAUUCAUCAAAAUGGACACAUGAAUAAAAAUAAACAAUUGGUUUACUGAAAUAAAAACAAAAAUGCAACUAUAAAACAAAGGCAUUUAUUUUUCCUAUACAAAUUACAUUCCAUCCGUAAAAAUUACACAUCUAGCUGUGGAUAGUUGGUUCAAUUAUAAUGAUUACAGGAAAGUGUGUGGGAUAUAGAGAUGGUCAGUGUAUUUAUUUUGGUGUAUACAUUCUUAGUUGUAUGCAUUGGUUUAUUAAAACUCAUUUAACUUUGAAAUUCUUAUUAAUUCAAUUAAUACUUAUAAGUUGUGAUAAGAAACUUCACUAAGAUUUUUUUAUGAUUUAGUUAAUUCUUAGUUAAAGCUAUUGACUUUCCUUAGCUGUAUCCCUUUAACUUGUCUCUCUCCCCCUUUCAGUUUUACUCAGUCAUAUGGAUGUUAUUUAUAUAUAUAUAUAUAUAUAUUGAUGUUACUUCAUUCCUUUGUCCUUCACAUCCGUUUAAUCAAAAUCAAUAUCCAUUUGUUCUGUUUUUCUUUAACAUCAAUUUUAUCAUAGCUAAAAAUUUUUAAAUAUUCUGGGUAUCCUAAUGGGUAGCUGAAGAAUAGGUUUUCCAAUGAAGAAUGGUUCUCCUAAGUGAGAAUUAUUCUGUUUUAGGUACAAGUUUCAAGAAACAUAUUAUUUAAACUGUUUGUGGAACUUUUUCCAAUCCUUGAUGAACACUAUUUUGGAUUAUUGUUUUAAGAAUAUAUUAUAAUUUGAGCAUCUCAGGUCACUGACAAUAUUGGUCCCAUUAUGGUCAAUAAAGUUAGCUGUAUUUUAAUUUAUUUUAAAUUCUUGUAAAAUACUUUUUUGUUGUUUCAAAUGUUUUAUAAAAAAACAUAGUAGAUUUGUCAUAAAUCUCUUUAGUAUUAGAUGAUCUGAAAAUGCAUUUAAUUCCAAUGCCAGUCUUAGGAACUGUGUGCUAUUGUUCUAAAUAUCUGUGAUAUUAAGUAGUUAAUAUCUAAUGUAGUAUCUAAUGUUUAGCAAUUUUCAUUCUUAUAUUUCUGUACCAUCAAUUUGUGAUUUUUUUUGUUUUUUUUCAUUUUGUGUUCCCCUAGUUAAUUUUAGUGAUGAAUAGUGUUCGCAUUUACUUUUUGUUUUGUGAAAGUUUUUAAAAUUUAUUAUAUUUAAAUUUUAAUAAUGGUUUAUUUUUAAAAAAAGUGUUUUCUUUACCUCUGCAAUGGUUAUUUUGAAUUUGAUAUUUAUUAUUGUAUUGGCAGAUUUUAGGCAUGAUUUAGAUUAUAGUUUCAUAUUAAAAAUAAUGGAAUGCUAAACCUAACAGCACAAUUUAUUAGUUUAUUUUUGAUGCUAUAGUAUUUGUAAAGAAGACUAAUUAAUCUUUAUAAAAUAAAAUCAAUUCACAUAUAUUUUGAAAUAUUUAUUUAUUAAGAUUUCAGUAGCAUUGCUUAGAAUGCCUACUUCUGACCCAUAAUACACCCUAAUGAUUAUUCAGUGUAUUUUCAUAAAUUGCUAGGGAUGCUGUAGUAUUGUAGUAAAGAAUGAUCCCUUGCUAUGAGCUACCCAAAGGUUUUAAAAGCUAAAAAAAAAACAUUUAUUUUUUGGUUUCAUAUUUUGUGUAGAUCACAGCCGCCAUCUUCCAUUCACUCAGGAGAUAAAGAAGCCCUCAAAAACCUCUUAUCAGCAAGAAUAUAUAUAUAAUUGAUGCAAAGUGUAUUGGUUGUAUUUUUUAAUAAAAUUAGACAUUAUAAAAUCUUAAACCAUACUUAUUACAAAAUAAAACUUUAAAGAUGAUAUAAUAUUAGCCUAUAUCAUCAAAUAAUAUCUGUAGGUAGUAGGAACCCAUAUUGAUUAAUCAAUAAAUAUUUUUGGUGUGUUGUGGGUCCAAAGAAGACAUUCUGAACAAUUACCUGUUUGUUUUUUCCUAUUUUGAAGGUUAAUAUUUUAUAAAUUUUUUUAUAGAUAUAAUUUUUUUCAUAAAUUUGUAAUUCUAAUUGAUAACAUUGAAGAUAAGAAUAUUGACCAUAAAAUCAUCCCUAAUUCAAAUUUUGUUCAUCAACCUAAACAAAUUGUUAUGGAAUUAUACCAUUUAAUUUUAUAAAUACAUUGUCAUCUUAUUUAUUUAUUUGUGUGUGGAAUCAGUUAAAUGAUGUAGUUCGACUUGUAUAUUCUGUUUUUUUAUUUUUGUUAUGAUUAGUAAUUAGAUCUUAAAAAUGUUGAUGUUAAAUGUAAAAAUUUGUUCAUUGAAGAUAGCUUAUUACUUUAUUUUUCUGUAUUAUUAUUAUUAUUGGCAUACACUAAGAAAUUAAAUUUAGGUUAUAAAGACAAAUAAAAAUAUAAGGUUUAAAAAUAAAAUACAUAUAUUUUCAAAGGCCUGGGACCAUCUAAUCUUAACCUUAACCUUUUUUAGGUAUAAUUAUGCUAAGUAUUAAGGUCAUUAUAUGUUGUCAUUAAUUAUCAGAUUAUUGACAUAUAGUAAUAUUUAAAGCCAAGUAGAUGUAAAAAGUCAGUCAUUAAAUCUAUUUACCCUUUUCUGAAAAUAAUUCACAGUUAUAAACAGAUACUUUUAAUUUUUAUAACUUAU